AAAUUAGCAUAAACCAAAUUCUGUUCUUUAACUCGCAUGUGGACUGCCUAUUACAUUCUCUCUUAGAUUAUAUUCUUAGUUAUCUAAGCCACUAAGGCUAGCUUAUUAUCUAAUUUUUUUGAGACAUAUCAAGUUAUGUUUGUUAUAUGCAUGAAUUAGAGCACUCACAAUAGAUAAUGAACUAAUAUAAAUGGAUGAAAUCUCAACUUUUUUAUAUGAUGAUAUGUAUUACACAAAUUAUUUUGAAUGUGUUUAUCGUUAAAAAAAGAAAAAGAGACCCCUUUAUUUAUUUAUUUAUUUUUAUUUUUUUUCCUAUGAUGAUUUCUCUUUUAUUUUUAUUUUUUUUGGUUUCAUAAGAAAGCCCCAAAUUGGAACCGAUUUUUGCACCACCACCUUCACAAGCUAUAGCCCGGCCCCCAACCACUGACCCGAGCCCACAGAUCCGACCCAAGAGCCAAACCUCUGAAACUGAAAUAAGCACUAAAUCCCAUCCUGUUCCGGCUGCACCACCACCCCUUACCCGAGCGAGACUUAGCCAGGACUAUCGGCGACGUCCACCGAGACCCCUCCGCCGUUAACCACCAAACCAGAGCAACUCAGAAUAGAAAUCGGAAAGUCAGAAUAAUCUAUAAAAGUGUGAACAAUGGGCAAAUUAGAAAAAGUGUCGACGUUUAUAUGGAGAAAAUACGCAGACUACGUAUAUACCAAGUGGGAAAGAUUUCUCCUAUGGAACAUGGUUGAGCCCUAUACAAGACCCAAGUCAUUCACACCUGUGGUUACUGUCUAUGUUGCUGCUUUUUACACUGGGGUUGUUGGGGCUGCCAUUACUGAGCAACUCUACAAGGAGAAAUAUUGGGAAGACCAUCCUGGAGAGGUUGUGCCUAUAAUGAAGCCAAAGUUCUAUUCUGGACCUUGGAAGGUAGCCAUGGGGGAAGUCCCUGCCCAUCUGAAAAGAAAGCCUGAUCAAAGUGAACAUUGAAUAUGCUAUGCUAUCAUUUGUAAAAAUUAUAGAGGGAAGAAAAAAAAUGUUAUCAAUAAAGUUUCAUAGUUUUCUUGAUUGACAUAUAUAAUGCAUCUGAUUUUGCUCUCAGCAAGUUUUGCUUUUAUCGUUCUCUACUGAACGAACAAUUGGUCAUGUAUUAUCAGUAUUAUGGAGCUUAUCAAUGGUUGAAUUUAUAGUGCAUCUUAUAAAGGAAAAAAUGCUGGUUUUUUUUUCUAUUAGUAUUUUUUUAAGAGAUGUGCAUUUCUCUAUUAA